UGUUUAUGAUGGAAUAUAUAUUUUUUAGUUCGUUUCAACAUAAAUUUGCAAUUUGACAUCAAAACGAAGUUAUUCAUUUAAUCAAUGUGAAAAUAUCAGGUUUGACUUGUUUUGCGCAUGCGUGUUCCGGAAAACGAAACCUAAGGAUUUGGCAGUAACGGUCGAGUCCAUCUACAGUCUCUACGACUCUUGGACGGAGGGAAACCUUAAUACAGUGUAACGUCUGAAAAGCUGCCAGGCUUGUUUAUUGUGGGCACCAUGGCAGAUAUUGCUCCAGUCCGAUUGCUGGUCAUCUUGAGCGAAGACAACAGUGUCAGAGUGCAACUACGCAAUGGGAUUCCCAACUCAACAGAAGAGCUCAUUGACGAGGUCAUGAACGCAUGUGGAUUAGGAGGGUACAUUAGGCUGCAGUACAGGGACACUGACUUUGGGAACAUCUUUGUAAAUCUGACCUCUACAAGUGUCAUUAAGGAUCUGUCAGUUAUCAAAGUUAUCCAGUUAGAUCCCGAUAACACAACUGUUGUCUUGUAUCCAGUUGACAACUUAACAAGUGGCACCCCAUCACCUGGGAUGAACAGUGAAGACUCCUUCUCAGGGUCUGCACACACAGAUGACACGGAACUGCUGAGCCAUUCCCCAGACUCAUUAAGGACACAGCAGUGGCCACAAGUUUUUCCCAUCCCACUUUUCUCUUUUGACACUGAAUGUCAACUACAGAUAGCAGAUGCAGAGUAUGCAAGAAGCCAAUCCAGACUGACACCCGGCUCAAGAAUGCUAUCAGACAUACUGGAGAAACUGGCUGAAAAGGUCUACGAAUACAAAGCAUACCCUACAGAUGCAGACUUUAGCGAUGUUGCUGUUGCACUGACAAGUAAGCACCCGUGUCUGAGAGAACCAGGGUCUUUCAAUGAGAGCUAUGGAUGGAAACAAAGGCUUAAGGUGAAAAUGGCCAAUUACCGAACUCUACUUAAAGCACACGGCACAUCUCCAGAGGUCGCUGUUAAUUCUUUGAAGUCCAAGUCUAAAGAGGAGGCCUAUCCAGCAAAGAAUGUAAAGAGACCUAGACGAGCGGAGGUCAACCAUUUUCCAUCCUUGCCAUUUGGCGAGACUGAAGAAAGCCUGGAACAAGAGAGGAUUUCCCUCUUGGCAGAACUUAAGAAACGAAACAACCGACAAACAAUUAAAGAGAAGAUGGCAAAGACUUUUGGAUACCGAAGACAAGAAAUAGUGCAUCAGAAGCCUGGCAUUGAAGACAUCUUGGAGAGAUGGCCUGCACUUUUUCAGAUGGAAGAGAUCAAUGCUGAGUUCAUGAGAAUAACAACAGUCCCCUUGGAGACCAAGUUAUUUACACAGUUAGAUAAAAUCUCCGCCAACUGUUGGAGGUCAUCAGGAGAAAGGGGGGAGCCGUAAGACAGAAGACGUCCAGGAUCUUGCAGCUUUUAGAUGAGACUUUGGACAUCAACACUAGAAGAGAGUGCAUCCUCACAUCUCUGAUGAUCUACCUGGGGGAACGUGUUGAGCACCUGAUCAAAGAAUCCCAGGAUGAGACUGAAGAACUGAGGCAGACAGCCAUGGCAAUCUUGACCACAGGAAAGGAGGAUCCUCUCCACCCACCCAAAGACAUCAAGAUCAUCAUCGAAGGAACAGAGGUUCUCAAUGGUUUGCCUUCAGUUGCAGAAGCUUUUACCAUGAUCUUUGGGCUCAUAUACACACUCAAUCUGAAGUAUCCAAAGAAAUUGGAAUCCACCUUUGAGUUUGUGCAAAAAGUCUUGAUGGAUCUUGAUCGGAAAAAGAUGAGCCCGAAAGUUAACAAACUCUGCAACCAGCUGUACAGCUCAGAGUAGGAAGAGUUGAGUUGCACUGACUCACUACACUUGUUUCCUUUCUAUUGGUGGUUUAAUAUUUAGUUGAUUUAUUUCCACAGUCUACACUUAAGACAGUUCAUUACAGGAGAGGUUGUUGCUGGAGGUUCCAGUCACAUGACUGCAUGUUCAUUGCAAUUGUAAAUGUUUGUACCAAGGGUAAAGAGAAUACCAGCCUCAGGUCAAAGUCCGCUAAGUGUUAUUAAAAGAUGUUGGGGAGAAAUUGUGCUGGCACUGAAGAUUUUAAAUCCUUUUGAAAAAGCUUAUUUUCAGAGGUUGCACUGAAAAAGAACUGCAUUUGCACUGUAGUAUUUGUAGAUAUGUCUGCAAAUGUUCAAUGAUUACCAGCUAAAUGGCUGCACCAAGCUUUGCAGCUCAUAGUACACAGAAUUAAGUUGAAUGGACUCUCUUGAUCCCCCCAUUGGUGGUUACUUUUUUUACAACCGACAGUUUUGAGAGUUCUGUAUGAGAAAAAUAAAUAGUAUCAACAUGAAUGCGUGUUCACUGCAGUAUUUACAGAUGGUUUUAUCAAAGUUUAGAGUCUACCAACAUCACCAAGCAAAGUUGGCUAAGUACUUUUAAAAGAUUUUCUGAGUUCACUAAUCCUCUAGAAAACAAUUUAAUUUGUAUUGCAGUAGUAACAAUUGUACCACUUGUUCCAUGCACCAAAGUGAGAAAUGUGUGUUUACAUGUUUCACAGUUGCGAAAUGUAACAAAACAAUAGAACAAUAAAUACAUGUGUUCUGAAAUAA